AUGCUACAAGAUACUGGUUUGGGUCAGGAAAUGUAUAUUGCAGCUUAUAAUAAACUAGACAAGAAUGGAGUUAAAAGAUUGCAUUGCUACAAGUACACAGAUGAUUUUGAUGCAGCAGCAUCAGAUGAACAGAUCUUCGACUCUGGAUUUCUUUCAGAUCGUAUCCUGACUUAUUGUAUCUCUCCUCCAGGUGAGAACCAAUGGGCUAGAAAAGCCUACACUGGUGCUUCGUCCUCUUUGGAUCAACAAAUGCAACAACUCCGUAUCAAUCAGGAAAGCAGUGAAAACUCCUCUAAUCCAGUCAUAGCUAAAAAAUUCCCUUUGCCCAAUCUACAGCAUACGUCAAGCAUUGUAAAAUUUUAUAAUGAACAAGGAGAAUCUUUGAAAGUAGGCCAACUGGUUGAAAUCAUUGGUAUUCGUGGCCAAGACAUUGUAAAGCAUCGCGAACAACAGGAGCAAACUGCAGAAGAGAUGGAAACGAACGCAUUUGAAUCAAUUUUAGACCAAUUUGAACGUGUUCCUAUCAUUCACGCUAUCGCUUAUCAAAAUCUUGAUGGUCAUAUCAGCUAUCCUCUCGUUCAGUCAGAACAAUAUCAUGAUAUACACCAUCAAGCUGCUGAAAUUCGUGACCCAUUGGUUCAAUAUAUUUCUAAUGCAGUGGGUGGAGAUUUAUUAGCAGCUGAAUUUAUCUUAUUACAACUUGUUUCAAGAAUUAGCGUGAAGACAGGCGAGUUGAAGAUCGGAAAUCUCACACUCAAUGUCAGCGGUUUUCCAGCUUAUGAAAUGAAAAAUGAUGAAGAAAAGAAAUCAGCUUCCUCUCACCUCAGCCUUCACAAUCCUUACUCCAAAUUCUUGUUGGAACUCUUAUCUCAACUCACAGUUCAUUCUGUUGCUUUGCCUUUGACCAUUGACAGUCUCAACAAAUCAAGAUUCACACCCAAAAGCGUCAAUGAAAAUCUGGAAGCGGGUGUAUUGCAACUUAUCGAUGGUACCCUGUUAGUUGUGGAUGAGACUAUGCUGGAUGAAGGUCAGCUCGUCGAUGCUGGUGUACGUAACUUCCAAGCCCUUCAAGAUCUGAUUCAACACCAAACCUUAUCUUAUGAAUUCCCCUACAGUCAAUAUCGCUUCGACACAGAUAUUAACGUUCUCUCUCUUUCAUCCACCAAAUCCAUGUUAUCGAGUCACUGCACUGUACCAUUGGAAGCUACUUAUCCAUUGCCUUCUAUGGAAGAUAUGGUGUCUUUGCCAGAAGACACUUUGAACUUGUUUAGAAAGUACAUUCAUACUGCUAAAUAUAUCAAAGAGUAUGCAAUUCCUGAAGAUGUAUCCGAAUAUAUUCAAGCGGCCUACAUUAAUGAACGCAAAGCAAGCCAACAACAAAAAAACGCCGAAUUACCUACCCAAGAGGAUUUGAUGCUGCGUAUGAAUUUGGCUCGUUUAGCCGCUGCCUCUUUUGGUGAACAACAGUUGACAAAAGAACGAUAUGAAUAUGUGGUUAAUUUGGAUAAGCAGCGUAAGCAAAGAUUAAAGAAGAAGGAGCAGCAACAGAAGAAAGAAGCUGAACCAGCUAUUGCUAAAUAA